AUGUUCAACGCAUACAACAAUGCAUACCUAUUUAUACAACCACCAAACAAUACUCUAACCCCACAACAAAUCCAACAAUUAGCUGCACAAUUAACACAACCCCAAUUACAAUCACAACAACAACAAUUUCCUGUAAUAGGAACUGGAUUACUAUUAUAUUCUAAACCCAGAAAGAAAGCUAAAUUUGCAAAAGUAAACACCCCAAAUCAAUCAGAACAAUCAGGAUCUGAAGAUGAAUAUUCCACUUGGAACUAA